AUGCAAGGGGGUAUACGCAGGAAGCAGGAUUUACUGCCCCGGUACAAGUCUGGUGGUGCGGGCCGCAGGCCUGGUGGGUUUCUGACUACGCCGCUAAAGAAGCUGCUUGUGUAUUUGUUGUUACUGGUUGUCGUGUACACGGUGGUUCGAACUCUUGGUUUGAGUACCGCCGAGCCGGUGUAUGAGUUGGAGGGUUCGCCUGCGUCUCCGGCGGCAGCGGUGGCAGCCGCUGCGCCGCCGCAAGGUCCUGCGGUGGGUGCGGCUGCGGCGGGCGGUGGAGGAGGGCCAGCAGCAGCUGCCGCUGCCGGCGGUAAAAUACCCAAGGAGCGGUUUAAUAACGAGGUGGCGAAACAAGAAGAGGUGGAGAACUUGAACAAAAACACAGACGAGCAGGAGAAGGCAGUGAGUUCUAGCAACAAGAAGGGCAGCGGCAGCGGCAGCGUCGCGGGCGCUGCCGGCGGGGGUGCUGUAGCUGCACCGGCGGUAGCUGCGGCGCCCGCGGCCGCAGUGAUAGCGGCAGAGCCGGCGUCGCCGGCUCUGCCGUCGACUGAUAUGGACGUCGUAAGGAGUGUGGCCGGGGCCAGCGGCAACGACGUGAAGGCAGAAAAACACGAUGAUCCCGGCAUUGAUGAGCAAGCACGUCGAAUCAACGACAAGGCACCCUUCAAGAAGGUGCCGACUGUAUGA